ACAUGGACUGGUAAAGUACCAUAGAAGAAGAGGAAGGCGACACCUUCCGCUCCACAGUCAGGUUAUAAAACCAAAGCCGAGCACAAACACCUCCAACGGUCAGGACCGCGACUUCCACUGCGUCGCGGCGAAUGGGGUUUGACAAGUUCUGCAGUCUGGACCGUUCCGAUCCGUUCUGGGAUUGGAACCGUACAUGGUACACUGCAAACCCAGACCUCACCCAGUGUUUCCAGAACACUGUCCUGGUGUGGUUGCCAUGCCUCUACCUCUGGGUUUGUGCCCCUAUCUACCUCAUCUACCUCCGCAGCCAUGACCGGGGCUACAUAUGUAUGAGUCACCUCAACAAAGCUAAAACUGCUGUUGGUCUUCUACUGUGGAUCAUCUGCUGGUCAGAUGUUUUCUAUUCUUUCUGGGAAAGAAGUCAUGGCAACAGCAUCCCCGCCGCUGUCCACCUGGUCAGCCCAACCUUACUGGGCCUCACCAUGCUGCUGGCCGCCAUGGUGAUCCAGUAUGAGCGGAUGAAGGGUGUUCAGUCAUCUGGAGUGAUGCUGAUCUUCUGGCUGCUGGCACUGCUGUGUGCCACAGUCACCUUUAGGUCUAAAAUCCUCCAGGUCCUGGACCAGCCUCUCACGGUCAGUGUGUGGCGAUACACCACCUUUUACAGCUACUACGCUCUGCUGCUGGUCGCUCUGUUCCUGUCCUCCCUGACGGACCAGCCCCCACUCUUCUCCCAGGCUGUCAAAGACACGAACCCCUGUCCUGAGCCCGGAGCCUCCUUCCUCUCCAGAAUCACCUUCUGGUGGAUCACCAGGAUGAUGGUGAAAGGGUUCAAGCGCCCCCUGGAGGAAAAGGACCUGUGGUCUCUGAACCCUGAGGACCGUUCCCAGAGAGUGGUCCCACAGCUGGUGCGUCGCUGGAACACAGAGUGCCAGAAGGUCAAAAGCACGGAGCAGAAAACUUUGUACUCCCCCAGGCAGGUCCCAAACAGUGAGAGCAAAGAGGGUCGAGCAGUGGAAGAGUCUGAAAUCCUGAUUGUAAAAAACCCCCAGAAAACAAAGGAGCCCUCCCUGUUCUGGGCCCUGUGCCUGACCUUCGGGCCCUACUUCCUCAUCUCCUGCCUCUAUAAGAUCAUCCAGGACAUCCUGAUGUUCGUGGGGCCUGAGAUCCUCCGGCUGCUGAUCCGCUUCGUGAACAACUCCAGUGCCCCCUACUGGCAGGGCUACUUCUACACCGCUCUGCUCUUCAUCUGUACCUGUGUGCAGUCGCUCAUCCUCCAGAAGUACUUCCACGUCUGCUUCGUCUCAGGCAUGCGUCUGCGCACCGCCAUCAUCGGAGCCGUCUACAGGAAGGCCCUGGUUAUCAGCAGCGCAGCACGCCGCACCUCCACAGUGGGGGAGAUGGUCAACCUCAUGUCAGUGGAUGCUCAGCGCUUCAUGGACCUCAUCACGUACAUCAACAUGAUAUGGUCGGCCCCCUUGCAGGUGGUGCUGGCCCUCUACUUUCUCUGGCAGAACCUGGGUCCGUCUGUGCUGGCUGGAGUCGCUGUGAUGGUUCUAAUGGUUCCUGUUAACGCUGUCAUUGCUAUGAAGACCAAAACCUACCAGGUGGCUCAGAUGAAAAGUAAGGACAAUCGCAUCAAGCUGAUGAAUGAGAUGUUGAACGGCAUCAAAGUGCUGAAGCUGUACGCCUGGGAACUGGCCUUCAAGGACAAGGUGUCAGAGAUCCGUGAGAGUGAGCUGAGGGUCCUGAAGAAGGCCGCCUACCUGGGUGCCAUGUCCACCUUCACCUGGGUCUGUGCACCUUUCCUGGUUGCCCUUUCCACCUUCACUGUGUACGUCCUGAUCGAUGAACACAACGUGCUCGACGCUCAAAAAGCCUUUGUGUCGCUGGCGCUCUUCAACAUACUGCGAUUUCCUCUCAACAUGCUGCCUAUGGUCAUCAGUAGUAUGGUGCAGGCCAGUGUGUCCCUGAAGAGGCUCAGAGUGUUUCUGUCCCACGAGGAGCUGCAGGAAGACAGUGUGGAGCACCGAGCAGCAGCCGGCUCCCCACACAGUGUCUCCAUAGUGGAUGGAGUUUUCAGCUGGUCCAGAACUGAGUCACCGACACUGAAGCAGAUGAAUAUGUGUAUCCCAGAAGGCUCUCUGGUGGCUGUGGUGGGACACGUGGGGUCAGGAAAGUCCUCUCUGCUCUCCGCCCUGCUCGGGGAGAUGGACAAACUGGAGGGAACCGUGGCUGUCAAGGGGUCGGUGGCCUACGUUCCCCAGCAGGCCUGGAUCCAGAACUCUACCCUGAGAGACAACAUAAUGUUCGGUCAGGAGAGGAGAGAGGCCUGGUAUCAUCGUGUGGUGGAUGCUUGCGCCCUCCAGCCUGACCUCGAGAUCCUUCCUGCUGGAGACGAGACCGAGAUCGGAGAGAAGGGAGUGAAUCUGUCUGGAGGUCAGAAACAGAGGGUGAGCCUGGCCAGGGCUGUGUACUGUGACCGAGCUGUCUACCUGCUGGACGACCCACUGUCUGCGGUCGACGCCCACGUAGGAAAACACAUCUUUGAUCAGGUCAUUGGUCCUCAGGGACUGCUAAAGGACAAGACUCGUGUGCUGGUGACCCAUGGGCUGAGCUACCUGCCCCAGGUGGACCUCAUCCUGGUCAUGGUGGGGGGAGAGGUGACGGAGAUGGGCUCGUAUCAGCAGCUCAUGGCCACAGAGGGCGCCUUCUCUGAGUUCCUGCGGACAUACGCAUCUGUGGACUACACUGACAACAACGAAAUUCCGCCAAAGACUGGAACCAAAGGAACAGAGAACGGCAGCGCGACUGCUCUGGCUGGCAGUCCAGUUGUCAGCAGUGUGUCCAAGCUGUCCCAGACCAGCAAGGAGGGCCAGGACCCGAACAAGAAGGCAAAGAACCCUGAGGUGGGCAAGCUGACUGAGGCUGACAAGGCCAGCAUUGGACGGGUGCAACUGUCUGUGUUCUGGGCCUACCUGAAGGCCAUCGGGGUUCUUCUGUCCUGCAUCAGUCUGCUGCUGUUCCUCGCCCAUCACCUGGUCUCCCUCUUCUCCAACUACUGGCUGAGUCUGUGGACGGACGACCCGGUGGUUAACGGCACGCAGCCGAACAGACUGAUGAGACUGGGGGUGUACGGUGGUCUCGGCCUGUCCCAGGGCGUGGCGGUCUUUGGUUACUCCCUCUCCAUGUCCAUCGGGGGGAUCCUGGCGUCCCGCGUCCUCCACCAGUCCAUGCUGUACGAUGUCCUCCGCUCACCUAUGUCCUUCUUCGAGCGAACCCCCAGCGGAAACCUGGUCAACCGCUUCGCCAAGGAGAUGGACACCAUCGACUCAAUGAUCCCCGUCAUCAUCAAGAUGUUUAUGGGCUCCAUGUUCAACGUGCUGGGGGCCUGCGUCAUCAUCCUCGUCGCCACGCCGCUGGUCGCCAUCAUCAUCCCUUUCCUCGGUCUGCUCUACUUCUUUGUGCAGAGGUUUUAUGUUGCGUCAUCUCGUCAGCUGAAGCGUCUGGAGUCCGUCAGCCGUUCACCCAUCUACACUCACUUUAAUGAGACUCUGCUGGGCACCUCCGUCAUUAGAGCCUUUGGAGAACAGGCGCGCUUCAUCUGUGAGAGCGACCAGAGGGUAGACCACAACCAGAAGGCCUACUACCCUGGCAUAGUGGCCAACAGGUGGCUCGCAGUCCGUCUGGAGUUUGUGGGAAACUGCAUCGUGUCAUUUGCUGCUUUGUUUGCUGUCAUAGCUAGAGACAGCCUCAGUCCGGGCAUCAUGGGCCUGUCCAUCUCCUACGCCCUCCAGCUGACUGCCUCUCUGACCUGGCUGGUGAGGAUGUCCUCUGACGUGGAGACCAACAUCGUGGCUGUUGAGAGAGUGAAAGAGUAUGGCGACACAGAGAAAGAGGCCGAGUGGAAACACGAGUCCUCCCCCCUCCCACCGGGGUGGCCCACUGACGGCUGCAUCGACAUCAGAAGCUUUGGCCUGCGCUACCGCCAGGACCUGGACCUCGCCAUCCGCAACAUCAGCAUCAAGAUCAACGGAGGAGAGAAGGUGGGGAUCGUGGGGCGCACUGGAGCGGGGAAGUCCUCCCUGACUCUGGGACUGUUCCGGAUCAUCGAGGGAGCUGAGGGCCACAUCUUCAUCGACGGGGUGGACAUUGCUCAGCUGGGUCUCCAUGACCUCCGCUCCAGAAUCACCAUCAUCCCACAGGACCCGGUGCUGUUUUCUGGCUCUCUGAGGAUGAACCUGGAUCCUUUCGACAGCUACUCUGAUGAGGACGUGUGGCGGGCUCUUGAGCUCUCCCACCUCAAGGCCUUUGUCUCCGGUCUGCCCAACAAACUUACCCAUGAGUGCAGUGAAGGAGGAGAGAACCUCAGUGUAGGUCAGAGGCAGCUGGUGUGCCUGGCCAGAGCUCUGCUCAGGAAGACCAAGAUCCUGGUUCUGGACGAGGCCACAGCAGCUGUGGAUCUAGAGACAGACAACCUGAUCCAGUCCACCAUCCGGUCUCAGUUUGAGGACUGCACCGUACUUACUAUAGCUCAUCGCCUCAACACCAUCAUGGACUACAACAGGGUCCUGGUCUUGGACAAAGGUGAGAUGGCAGAGUUUGACUCCCCCUCUCACCUCAUCGCUCAGAGAGGAGCCUUUUACAAGAUGGCCAAGGACGCUGGGCUGGUCUGAAGCAGGAGGUCUGGUCUGAUGUAGGAGGUGCCUCACUUGGUCCGGCUGCUCCUCUGGCCCCCCCAGCUCUGCUGUCUCCCGGAGGUCCUGAGUUAAAGAGAGAGAGAUGAAGCAGGAGCCUGUUUGAAAGUGGUGGUGAGAACAAGGGCUUUGGCCUGACCUGCUCCACCCGACACCUCCGUCCUCAUUGAACUACAGAUUCUCCCUGUUAGUCCAGAUCAUGUCUAUGUCCCCUGGUCUCUUCCCACCCCCCUUCACAGUCUCUCUCUUCUGUUUCUGCCAUGAAGGUGGUAACAAGAGUGUCAAAUGUGGCUUUUAUUUUGACAGAGCAAUGUAUCAGUGCUGGAGCAGUGUCUCAGGUCAGAGGGGGACAAAGAGACAAGUGUCCUCUAAGUUUGACAUCAUCAGUGCCAAAUACGUCCCUCACAUGUCCCAUUUUAGGAUUUGAGAAGAUGAAGGGACACUUCUCCCACAGACAGUCCAGAAGUGUCUCCUCACACUGUCCUGCUCUGUCCCAGGUCCAUACCACACACCAGAGACUGUCCAGGAUAUAGUCGCUGUGCUAUUGUGUCUGUCUGUUACUGUCAGAGUAAGAUAUGAACACAGUUUUGUGAUUCAGUGUGAUUCAGUCUCAGUUUAAAGGAAAAGACUGGUGUUAGUGUGGAACCUAAAAGAUCCUAGGACUUAAAGCCAAGUGGACUCUGACUGAGCCUGAGGCUGAGACUCUGUCUCUGACCGAGACUGAGACUCUGACCAAGACUGAGACUCUGAGAUUGUGACUCUGACUGAGGCUGAGAUUCUGAUUCUGACUGAGACUCUGACUCUGACUGAGACUCUGACUGAGACUCUGACUGAGACUUAGACUGUGACUGAGACUGACUGAGACUCUGACUCUGACUGAGACUGACUGAGACUCUGACUGAGACUGUGACUCUGACUGAGACUCUGACUGAGACUCUGACUCUGACUGAGACUCUGACUCUGACUCUGACUGAGACUCUGACUGAGACUCUGACUGAGACUCUGACUGAGACUGAGACUCUGACUCUGACUGUGACUCUGACUGAGACUGAGACUCAGACUGAGACUGUGACUGUGACUGUGACUCUGACUCUGACUGAGACUGACUGAGACUGAGACUCUGACUGAGACUCUGACUGAGACUGUGACUCUGACUGAGACUGAGACUCUGACUGAGACUGAGACUGAGACUCUGACUCUGACUGAGACUCUGACUCUGACUGAGACUCUGACUCUGACUCUGACUGAGACUCUGACUGAGACUGAGACUCUGACUGAGACUGAGACUCUGACUGAGACUGAGACUCUGACUCUGACUCUGACUGAGACUGAGACUCUGACUGAGACUGUGACUCUGACUGAGACUCUGACUGUGACUCUGACUCUGACUCUGACUCUGACUCUGACUGAGACUGUGACUCUGACUCUGACUGAGACGGAGACUCUGACUCUGACUGAGACUGACUGAGACAAACGCACUACAAACGCACAAACUGUGGGAAUCUGUGGGACAGAUUCCUCCCGACUGUUACUUUACAUGCAGCAAUGAUUGUUUAUUUAUUGUUGUUGUUCUUUAUGUUCUUCCAGCAGCAGCUUUAACCUGCUGUGUUCACACAAACUGCUGGUGUGGUCAGAGGCUCUGCUGUGGAGCUCGAGUGUUUUCAUCAUUCAUUUCAACAACACCUUUGUGUUCCUCGAGGCUGCAGUGAGUUAGUGUGUUACAGUUAGCUGUUGUGUGUUCUGUGUGUAGCUUGAUGGAGACAGAAGAACAAAUCAGAGUUUAAUUUGAAUUCUAACGUGGUCACAGAAUGGAGCACGUGUUUUUUAAAUCUAGACAUAUAUGUUAACUGUUUACAGAUGAUAAGUCUUGGUUCACACCAACAGGUCGACAGGUAAACAUACAGCUCUGACUUUGAUUUGAAUCUGUUCUGUUUCUCUGCUUGGUUGAAUCUGUGUUAGUGAGUUGUGUUUAUUUUACAGAAUAAAGAUCUGAUCAGGAUUGAAUUGAGGUUAGUUAAGUGCACAUCAGACACAGCAGAGAUGAAUGUGUGGUAAUAACCUGGUUACCAGUGACUAUCUGCUGACAAACAUUCAUCACACACGACUCAGAGUGAUUUCCGGUCUGCUUUUCUUUGCUGUCACCAUAAUGUUACCUGGAGAAGCCUCUGGAUACACCACACUUCACAGGUGUCAGGUGUUUGUCUUGUGACAUAGAUAAUCUGUAGUUUAAGAGAGCAACACAGCGUUUUUAGUGCCUGUUGCUUGAACAACGGGCACUCGAAACUUUCAGGAUAUUUUUUGCAUGUAAAUUCAGCGACUCCAAAAGUUUUUAUUUAGUUUACUUAUAGUGAGAAACUAUUUUCUAAGCAAUACCUUUUCCUGACACCUGCCAUGCAAGGUGUCGGUGGUAUGUAAUGGUGUAUGAUACAUGCUGGUGGGUUCAUUCAUCAUCAGUGAGCUGUCAAAACUGUCCACACUGAUGCUGCUGAUAUGUUUUCAGAUGUUUUAUUAAUAAAAUGAAAAAAGUUUGAGUUCAGAGAAAAGUCUGAACUUUGAGAUUAAAGUCUAACAUCUAUGGAGGACAACAUUAGAGUUCAGAUUCAGAUCUCUGCUGGUCCUGGUCCUCCUACAGGAAGUUUGAGGUUUCAGUGUGCACAGGUUCAUCAUAAACAGUCUUUUCCUCCGCGGACAGAACAACACGGCUCCUGUCAGCUUCCCUGUGCCACUGCUGUUCAGUCUGGUCAGUUAGUGUGAUGGAGCUGGAUGACAGCACCUCUGUCUCCACAUCGUUAGCGUCUGUCUGCACAGCUGUGGGACCUCGAGGGUCAAACAGAGGGUCUGUUGAGAAGCUGAUCACAGCUCAGACAGUUUUCUGUGGCAGCAUCAUAUCUUUGCUGCUUUAGUUAGAAAUUAGAGAGAAAAGUUUUGGUUGUGUUUCAUGAUGUUAAAACAUCUGGAGAUUGAAUAAAAGUGAACUGUGUCAUAUUUAUGAUUUUCAAAGUUAAUAUUUUAUGUUUUAUAUGUGGACUUGGUUUGUGUAAUCAGUUUUGAAAUAAAACCAAUUUAUGCCUAAAAA